UGGGGGAUAUAAUUCUUCAGAAAAUGGGGCUUGGCAUACUUUUGGGGGUUAAAAGUGUCUGUACAUGGGAAUUUUUCAAAAGAAAUGCCUUAUUUUACGAUGCGUUCCAAAUAACAGGAGUAUAUAUACGUGACGAAUUAGGCCAAAUUGCUUUACUGAAGCACGUGUCACAUCCACAGCCCAGGUCCUGCCAAACGUAUGUUUAUUCAGCUAAUGAUGACCUAAGAUGCCCUAGGGAGUGACCAUCAGGAAUGGCAAAGAAAUUUAUUAGCUUUACUUUCUUGAAAUUUCCUGAUUUUUUAAUCAUAGAAAUCAUUUCCAUUUUGGAAAGCAACAUGUCUGAACAAAAUAUGUCUAAGUCUGACGAAUCUAGUUUAAGGAAAAGUGGAGGGAAUUACCGAGAAAGGAAAAGCGACCCAAGUGAAAUAUCUGUGAGUGAUUGGAGUAACCCCUGGAAUUUUUUCUGGUUGUUCUCGCUUCCAAUUACAACGGUGCUUGAAUGGUUAAGAGAUCAUGGCCUCUUGGCUAGGAGUAUUUCGUGCAAUAAAUGUGAUGGCUCAAUGCAUCUGAAGACCAAGAAGGAGCGGAAUGGUGGACAAAUAUUUCGAUGUUCAAACAAUAGGAAUCAUCAACGGUCGCUCCGAACGAACUCAAUUUUCGAGAAGAUAAACAUUGAAAUCCAAGAUGUGAUGGUUUUCAUUAAGUGUUAUUUGGAUAAGCAGUCGUUACUGCAGUGUUCAACUGCCAGUGGCACAGUGUAUGGCACUACGGCCGUCAACUGGGCUAGUUACAUUCGGGAACUGUUUAAGGAAUAUUUCCAUCGGCAUACGCUUAACAAAAUACUAGGGGGCGAAAUUGAAAUCGACGAAUCUCUUUUUGGCCGUCGGGUAAAGUUUCAUAGUGGCAACCCCAACAAAGGACUGAAAAUAUGGAUAUUUGGACUCGUAGACAGAAAGACGAACACCGUAAUUCUGUACCCUGUGUCAGACCGGAAAGAAGCCACCCUCCUUCCCAUCAUCAAAAGCCAUGUGAAACCAGGGUCAACAAUUUACAGCGACGGUUGGUCUGCAUACUACAACUUGAAUGAAGCUGGAUUUAAGCAUUUCACUGUCCUACACAAGUAUUCAUUUCGAAAGGAUUAUGUAAACACGGCCACGGGACAGAUCAUAAGUGUACAUACAAACAAAAUUGAGGGUGCAUGGAAACAUGCAAAAGAUCAUUUCAGGCGGAUCGUCGGUACAAAGUCAGAACAAGUUGAAGGCCACCUUGCCGAAAUCAUGUGGCGUUCCGAGCAUAAAGGCCGUCUUUAUGAGAAGUUUGUGGAACUCCUGUCUCAAGUCUACACACUUGACAGGCAGCCGGAGUACGAAUACACAACUCCGCUGUUCGACUCCUGGGAAGGCCUAGACUGUAGGUCCGAAUCCGGUCAAGAAAAUGAUGAUACAAUACAACCAAUAGAAUCAGGAGCUGAAAUGUCCGAUUCCGAUUCAGAGGCCGAAAUAGCGAAUAACCGCGCCAGAGUAUUGAUGCCGCCCGCAAAGUCGCUUAUCUUUCCUGAAGGCCCCAGUGUUUCUUUUGAAUCAGACACGACUCAUAUCAGUGACACAAGAAAAGGGCCAAACGUAAAAACCACCAAAAGGAAACAUCCUUUCGCCAGUAUGCCUUCAACUUCGACUCCCGUCAGUGGGACAGGGAAACCUAGUAUGGCUAGUAGAGCUACAUCCAGCAACCCCUCACCCAUUUACAUUGACACGGACGAGGAUACUACACUAACACAAACGACAGCUGCACAAGCCCCUUCAAUUCACAGAACGGACAAUGUUUGUCACCCUGUGGGUUUCAAACCUGUAAAAAAAGAAGGACCGGUGAAAAAGAAAAAAAGAAAAUCAAAUCAGUAUAGCAAAUCGGCUUUCAAGUGGCAAUAGGACUCGGAUGAUGAUGAUUUCCAAUGAAUACAAACCAGCCAUUUACAUAAUUUAUACUGUUGUAAUUGAGUGUUGAUAAGGUGUAAAUAUUUCUUACUUGUAGUGCGUAGGAAACAAUAUGUACAUAAUUUGUGAAUAGAUCGGCGCCAAUAUAUCCACGAAAUGUAAAUAGCUAAAGGACAGAAACUUAACUUUUUCAGUUCAAAUAUUUUAUAAAUACAUAUAUAAAUUGGAUAACAAUACGGAAUAAAUCGAAGCCUACAUUCUGCCAGGUGAGUUGUUUAGUUGUAUUGUUUUAUGAAUGAAACUUGCCCCAGAUAGUAUUUCUUCAAUGGCGGAUGAAUACAAUCAGUUAUUACUUGACCUAAUUCGUCGCGUAUAUAUACUCCUGU